AUGGAGACCAGCAGCCCGUGGCCCCCGAGGCCCAGCCCCAGCGCAGGGCUGAGCCUGGAGGCGCGGCUGGGCGUGGACACUCGUCUCUGGGCCAAGGUGCUGUUCACCGCUCUCUACUCGCUCAUCUUCGCGCUUGGCACAGCGGGCAAUGCGCUGUCCGUGCACGUGGUGCUGAAGGCGCGGGCCGGUCGCCCCGGGCGCCUGCGCUACCACGUGCUCAGCCUGGCGCUGUCAGCCCUGCUGCUGCUGCUGGUCAGCGUGCCCAUGGAGCUCUACAACUUCGUAUGGUCCCACUACCCAUGGGUCUUCGGCGAUCUGGGCUGUCGUGGCUAUUACUUCGUGCGCGAGCUGUGCGCCUACGCCACGGUGCUGAGCGUGGCCAGCCUGAGCGCAGAGCGUUGCCUGGCCGUGUGCCAGCCGCUACGCGCCCGCCGCCUGCUCACCCCGCGCCGCACCCGCCGCCUGUUGUCACUGGUCUGGGUCGCCUCUCUGGGUCUUGCCCUGCCCAUGGCGGUUAUCAUGGGACAGAAGCACGAAAUGGAGAGGACCGACGGGGAGCCUGAGCCUGCUUCUCGUGUGUGCACGGUGCUGGUGAGCCGUGCCACACUCCAGGUCUUCAUCCAGGUGAAUGUGUUGGUAUCCUUCGUUCUUCCAUUGGCACUCACUGCUUUCCUGAAUGGGAUCACUGUCAACCACCUGAUGGCCCUCUACUCCCAGGUACCAUCAGCUUCUGCCCAAGUCAACUCCAUCCCCAGCCGCCUGGAGCUCCUGAGUGAGGAAGGCCUCCUGGGCUUCAUCACAUGGAGAAAGACCCUCUCCUUGGGGGUCCAAGCCAGCCUGGUGAGACACAAGGAUGCCAGCCAGAUCCGCAGCCUCCAGCACAGCGCCCAGGUUCUCAGAGCCAUCGUGGCUGUGUAUGUCCUCUGCUGGCUGCCGUACCAUGCCCGAAGGCUCAUGUACUGCUACAUCCCCGAUGAUGGAUGGACUGAUGAGCUCUAUGAUUUCUAUCACUAUUUCUACAUGGUGACCAACACGCUCUUCUAUGUCAGCUCGGCAGUGACCCCAGUCCUCUACAAUGCUGUGUCUUCCUCCUUCAGAAAGCUCUUCCUGGAAUCCCUCAGCUCUCUGUGUGGUGAACAGCAUUCCGUGGUGCCCUUACCUAAGAAGCCCCAGAGUCAACCACUAGUACAUACAGUUUCCGGCUUUGGGGAUCCCCAAGAAACCCCAGCCUGGGAGAAAUACAAGUAUGAAGAGCUUGGGACACGCCCAUCAAACAAGCCAUCACUAACAGUCCUACUGACCCAGUGCAGUCGUUGACCAGUGCAUACUGCAGG